CCUGCCUGCCUCCAGCAGAGAGCGGUGAGUGGUUGGAUGUGAGCGCCACCGACCUGCUGCUGUCUCUACUUCCAGAUCGAAGAUGGCGGUCUCGGUGUUCCCCGGCGUGCGGCUCCUCUCCAUCGGAGACGCGAACGGAGACAUCCAGCGGCACUCGGAGCAGCAGCCCCUGCGGCUAGAAGUGAAAACCUCGCAGGACGCGGCCCUCAUCAAUCUCUCCAAUGGAGAGGAGGCGAGUGUGUUCAAGUGUUCGGUUUCCAGGGAGACGGAGUGCAGCCGCGUGGGGAAGCAGUCGUUCAUCAUCACACUGGGCUGCAACAGCGUCCUGCUGCAGUUCUCCUCACCUGCAGACUUUCAGUCCUUUUAUAACCUCCUGAAGAAUUGUCGUGGACAUCUUAGUGAGCACUCAGUCUUCAGUGACAGAACAGAGGAGUCCUCUGCUGUACAGUAUUUCCAGUUUUAUGGCUACCUCUCCCAGCAACAGAACAUGAUGCAGGACUAUGUUCGGACAGGGACUUACCAGCGGGCUAUUCUCCAGAACCACACUGACUUUAAGGAUAAGGUGGUGCUGGAUGUGGGGUGUGGCUCGGGGAUUCUCUCUUUCUUUGCAGCUCAGGCUGGAGCCAGAAAGGUCUACGCUGUGGAGGCCAGCACCAUGGCACAGCAUGCUGAGGUGCUGGUGAACAGUAACCGUCUAGGGGAGCGUGUGGUCGUCAUCCCGGGGAAGGUGGAGGAGGUGACGCUGCCCGAGCAGGUGGACAUUAUCAUCUCAGAGCCCAUGGGCUACAUGCUGUUCAACGAGCGCAUGCUGGAGAGCUACCUGCAUGCCAAGAAGUUCCUCAAACCCAAUGGUAAAAUGUUCCCCACCAUCGGAGACGUCCACUUGGCCCCCUUCACAGACGAGCAGCUCUAUAUGGAACAGUUCACCAAGGCCAACUUCUGGUACCAGCCCUCCUUCCACGGCGUAGACCUCUCUGCCCUGCGAGGGGCAGCGGUGGACGAGUAUUUCCGCCAGCCAAUUGUGGACACAUUUGAUAUCCGUAUUCUGAUGGCCAAGUCGGUCAAAUACACGGUUAACUUCCUGGAGGCCAAAGAAGACGAUCUCUACAGGAUAGAGAUUCCCUUUAAGUUCCACAUGAUGCACUCAGGCCUGGUGCACGGCCUGGCUUUCUGGUUUGAUGUGGCAUUCAUGGGAUCAGUGAUGACGGUAUGGCUGUCCACGGCACCCACAGAGCCUCUCACCCACUGGUAUCAGGUGCGCUGUCUGCUGCAGUCUCCUCUCUUCACCAAGGCUGGGGACACGCUGUCCGGCACUGCACUGCUGGUGGCCAACAAGAGACAAAGCUACGACAUCAGUAUUGUUGCCCAGGUGGACCAGACAGGAUCAAAGUCCAGCAACCUCCUGGACUUGAAGAACCCCUUUUUCAGGUACACAGGCACCACCCCCAACCCCCCUCCUGGCUCACACUACACCUCCCCAUCUGAGAACAUGUGGAACACAGGGGCGGCCUACAGCAUGAGUCAGGGGAUGGCUGUAUCAGGGAUGCCAGCAGCUUAUGACCUCAGCACAGUCAUCGGCAGCGGCCCGUCAGUGUCUCACAACAACCUCAUCCCCCUGGUGAACACAGGGAUUGUAAACCACACCCACUCCAGGAUGGGCUCCAUCAUGAGCACAGGAAUUGUCCAGGGAGCCACUACGGGCCAGUCGGGUCCCAGCAGCAGCGGUACUUACUAUCCCGUCACCAACCAGUUCACCAUGGGGGGUGCUGCCAUCUCCAUGGCCUCGCCUAUGGUCAUCCCCAGCAACACCAUGCAUUACGGCAGUUAAGACGAAGACCUGUUUGACCUCCCCGCAUGACAAGAGAUCCCCGACCCCCCCACCACCACCCUCCAACCCUGACUGAUCCACCAACCGCAGCCAAAACCAGUAUACCAAAACCAGUGCUGUGCUGGCACUUCUUCCCUCAUUUAUCGCCCUCUUUCUACUCUGUUCAGUCCAUCGCUAGAUGAACGGUCGAACGCUCUCGUAUCCGUCCAGACUCUUGUCUUGCUGAAAGCUGAGGCCUCCUUUCAUCCCUCUUCUUGGAUUCAUUGAGACUGUACCACGUCUGAGAUGCACAGCAGCUGGGUCCCACCUCCCUCCCUCAACAUGUCCCUCCACUCACCGCCUUCCUCCGUUUAUUUUUUUAAUGUGUGUCAUGACCCUUAAAGUGUUUGUCCACUCCUAAGAAUCAGAGUUGCCAGAUACCAGCAUCAUCCCCUUCCCACCAUCCUCCACACCACAGCGAAGCUUUUCAGUUGUGCAGCAGGACACUAUUAUCAUCAUCAUCUUCAUCAUCAGUGCUCUUCGCUGGGCUGCCACCUCAGCUUUUCAUAUCGGAUCCGAUCUUCAAGGCUCCUCUGAAGAGACUGACUCACGCCAGACAAAACACUUCCUUCAGUCACAUAAAAACAUAUUUUCCCUGCGUUAUCUUAGUUUACUCAUGCAGUUUGGUUUCAGGCAGAGGCAGAGAUAUCAGAAACUGAAACCACCUGCAUGGCUCGGCACCCUAAGGAACCCGUAGAAAAUGUGAUUUUUUUUUUACCGACUGGGACAAACUGAUCCUUCAAGUUCUGCUCAGAAGCUUUGGUGUUGCUGUAUUCCGCUAAAGUUCACAUAAAGUUUUGGGAGAACAACGCGCCGGUCACCUUCCAUGUUGAGCAACGAGAUAAACAGGAACCACUAAGAACUUUUCGUCUGUCGCUGGUUCUAAUCCUGUUUGCUAAUUUCUCAGCAUCACUAUGUUGACCGGAAAUGUCGAUGCUAGCUACGCCUAAGUGAUAGUUGGCCUCAGUAGAGCGUCGCGUAAAGGGGAAGUUAUUCUCUCUUUUUAAAGCUGCAUGAACUUAAACGGUGAAUGUGAAACCAGAAAGUUAUUACAAUGAACUCAUGAAUGAACACAAUACAGGAUUAUUCAAAAAAAAAUAACCAAUUUCAAUAUUUUAAUAAGGAAAAGCAACAGAAAACUCCAGCCAAGUCACAAGUAUUCUACUCACAAUCAACUUUUAUUUCCUGUCUUAUAAAUGUUCAACGUGGAUCGCUGCUGCCAUUCGAUGACCUUAAACAUCAAAUUAAAGUUGAUUAUGAGUAGAAUACUUGUGACUUGGCUGGAAUUUUCUGUUGCUUUUCCUUCUUAAAAUAUUGCAUAAUGGAAUUGGUUCAUUCUUUUUCAAUAACCCUGUAUUUUGACAGCCCAAACUUCACCAUCUGUUUUGCACCGUUUAUCAGUUUUUCUACAAUAAUGAAUGCCUCCUCUGUGUUCACCAGGUAGCUGCUAGAGUUGUUUUAGUUGCGUUAGAGAAAUUUUACUAGAAAUGUUUUCCUCCUCUGUUUCUUGUCUGGCAGUAGGAGGGCGGGGUGUAUGUCCUGUCCUCAUAGUGGUACCACAACUUACUAGGAGCUGGUGGAAGACGUUUUAUGUCGGCUAGAUUACCUGUCCCGCCUCCAGUUUCAGCCCCGAGUUCAAACAUUGAAAUUAAUAAUAAAAAAUGACUUUUUUAAUCUGCGAGUUUGAUGGCAAACCAGCAUGUUUCCUGUGAUGCUGGACAGUUUGAAGCUUCUACAGGGUCUGAUUCUCUCACUUCGUAGGCAGAGUUAAGGCCUCAGAAUGCUUCAAACCAAGUCGGUUGCGUGAUGAAUCGUGUGAUCCUGUUUGGAGGAACGUGUUUAGCUGGUCUGACCUCAGGAUGAGCCAUAAACCUGCUGUCAGUACAGGAACUCUGGGUGUUUGUUGUCAGCACAGUGAAUUGCACAAAGCGUUUCAGUUGUUGCACUUGCUUGUACUCAAAACGUGAUAGAAGUAGUUGAAUGAAUAAAGUUUAAAUGGAGUUUUAGAGGGAAAGUGGAACCUUGCUUUCACACAAUUACAUAAUCUGCUAAUUUCUGUGGAGGCAAAGCAUCUGAUUUUGUGAUCAUCCAGAGGAACUAUUAGCGACUAGUGGAUGAUUCCAGAGUUCUCUCGAUGCCCGACAUGGAAGGUGACCAACAGGACAGUCUGGUAAAAAACUUGUGUUCAAGCUUCAGUCCUGUUGAAACAUGAAACGCACUUUCUGCUGCUCCCGUCGCCCGGUUUCUUCCCCCGAUAGCCGUUUCUAGCUGAGAGGACGUUGCAGCAGCCGUUUGUUGAGCCAGAUCACUCCGGCACAGUUGGAGGAAGCAGAUUCGAUGAACGAACCAGUGAGGACCGAUGACCCGGGAGGCAGCCAGCCGGUUGCCAGAAGGAGGGAAGCUGUGCUGGAUCGGCAGCGUCCUAGUUUACAUCCUCCCCAACCUCCUCUGAGACUGUGAGACUGUCGCUAAGAGACUUCGAUGUGGAGGCGUGGGAGCCGGGGCCUGUCCACCCUCCUCCCUCCUCGUCUGUUCACCACGUAUGACCUCCAACAUAUCAUCUCCCCGACACGCCCCGCGCCCUCGUCCCUUUUUUAUCAGUCAAGGAAAGAAGGACUGACACAUUUAUGCAUUGCUUCCAGUGUCACAACUAUUGGAAUUUCUGAGUUUAGCGAGUUGUAAGAGAGCUGAUGGAAAAAAAAAAAUCUCUUUGUAGGAUUAACCUUUUUGUUGUCUUUAUUUUUGUUUUAUUUUUCCUUUCACAAAAAACAAACGAUUAAAAAAAAAAGAGAGCGCAAAUUAAAUGUGGCAAAGUUGUUCCAAAACCCAUCCUGGAAUCAGGUGUUGUAGUACUUUUAAUUAAUAGACUGUGGACACGCCAGAUGUUUACCGUGUGCUAGCUAGCCGUUAGCCAUCAUGUCCCUUCUGUCAUGGAAUCAUUGCUGUGUAGUUGAAUAGUGGCAUCCACUCUGAUCAUGUAUGAGGAAGACUGUGUGUCAUGUUCUGUCAUUUCUGUGUGUUUACCAACCAGUAAUAACACCUUUUCACUGUCUGA